AUGCAGCAAUUUAUAUGCGCUGAGCCAGCAGCUCUGCUAGACAAAGAUCGCCAAAUUGAACAGUUGUUAGAGCCGGGAAUAUCUUUUAAGGACAGAACGUUAGCAACCCUGGGGUGGUUGGAUGAAGAGGAAUAUGAAGAUGAAGAUGAAGAACAGCGCCUACAGACAUUUGCAACAGAUGAGAGCAAUAAGUGCGUAUCGGACGCGUGUUUGCCAGACAGCCAGCUUGAGUCUUCUGUGUCGGAUUUCUCCCUGUCGCGGAAAUCCACUUUUGACGUUGGUCAGCAACAGUCGAAGCAAGCGGCAUUUUCAAGUGCGAUUUACAACGAAUCAACUUUAUGUUCAUCAAGAGUUGUUGCAAGUGAGCAACGUUGCCAGAGGCUAGUUCUCAAUCCUACCAGUUCAGAGUCGACGAUUGAGGACAAAACUUUUAGUCCGCUAAAAUCGGACUCAGCAACGGCAAUCGCGACCAAUGACGUGCACAGCCCCCUAAGAUCUGACGCGGUAACAGUUGAAAAUAUAUUUGGUCCGUUUGCAACAGAAGGAGACGACGAAGAAGAAAAAGAAUCUGAUGAAACCAACACUCGAGCGUGCAAUGAUGCUCUCGACUUUGAUUUUUUCAACUUGGGAUCGCUUUUAACAGAAGAAAUCAAACGCAUGAAUCUGGCUUCGGCGUGUCUACCAACGGCAUCGGCCACCGAUGAUUCAACUCGUUCAUGGGACCUUGUCAUUAGCGGAAAGCAAGACGAUACGGUACUGCUAUGUGUUCCUUUACUGCAGGAUGAUUUGCUGCGAGAACUAAGCUUGCAACCUCACACGGGAGCCCUUCCUGUGCAUUCUUUAAACAACAAAAAUCUGGCCCUUUCCUUAAACGCAAUGGGCUAUCGCGGGGACAUUUCCAGUGUUGUCGCGUCGAUGAAACGACUCAAUUGUACUUUACAAAGUACAGCAUUAAACAAUACAAACAAUUUCUACAAGCUGCACACGGCGGGGAAUGUAAAAGAUAAACUCGUCCUGUCAGACUCAAACGCCCAUGCAUUACAGCGAACUGCUGAUAAUGAAAGUUCGCUGACAGCGAAGAUGGAGACCCAAAUGGUUUCGAUUCUGCCACCAGUGAAACGACAAAGAGUAUUAUCAUCAGAUGAUAAGAUAAGCUGGGGUUCGCGAGAGUUGCAAACUCAAAGCUAUUGCGAAAGAAAAAAGCGGCGAAACCCUGAGGCAAAAGUAAAUAAACAAAAAGGUUUUACUGAGAAUAGAAAUAGAGACACAAAUAGAAGACGGACUGGGGAUGCGCUAGAUUGUGCUUUUGAAAGUGAGGGUUGCAGCGAAAGCGAGGCAAACCCCAGUGAAAUUGAGGUUAAGGAAAAAAGUGAUGCUUUUUCUUUAAGCCUUGAGCUCAGACUGAGGCGGACAAGAGAUGGUGAUGGUAUUGAAACUUCAGGCAAAGAUGACAGUUCAGACUCUGAUGCUUCUGAUAGCGAUAUUGAGUUGGUUCAAGAAUAUGUGAAUGGCGAGCUAAUAUACCCUGGGCUGUUGAAUUUGACAAUGGCCGAUCUGGUUGACCGUGUGAGCCGAAGCACUUCACCUGAUGACGACUCUAUAGAACAUUUGAAAGAAAGCAGAGAAGGUGGAGGAGGAAACAUGGCAACAUUGAGGCAGAAACACGCGAGGAGCCACCAAAAGCUCGGACUACCGCUCACGCCAGAACUGGACAUUUCUUCUUCUCUGGGGGACCAAGAUGAUUACAGUGUCUGCGGGGUAGCAGAUGGGUCUGGAGACAAACAAAAAGAAGAAGAAGAACUUGGUGGCGGCGGUGGCGAGUUACGAGAUCAAUUAGCUGCGGCUGGAAAAGACCAAGCUCUUUCAGUUUGCUGUAACCGGACCUUUAAUGUCGAAGUUGACGAAUUACAUGCGGCGCCAGUGGUAACAACGCAACAAGAAAAAAAAGCCCCAGUUUGCUCGCUGGAACCUGCGAUUAGAAUAAAGCCCAUCAUGACUUUGAAAGCGGUAAGGAGAGCCAUGCAAGAGCGAAUGAACCAGGUGAGGAAUCGCGCCGAGGCGUUAGCUGAACAAGCUUUUCAAGAACACAUUGCGAAAAAAUUCAUAACUGUUGCCGAUUAA